AGGCGGUCCCAGGAACAUGCGAGUUUAUGACGCCACCACCAGCACUCUGACCAUCGGAUGGGAUCACGCUGAGGGUCCCGUCAGGCAGUACAAGAUCUUCUACGCCCCGCUGACCGGAGACCCCAUCACCGAGUUUACGACGGUCCCUGGAAACAGAAACAACGCCCAGCUGCAGAACCUCCUCGCUGACACCCCGUACAACAUCACGGUUCAGGCCAUUUACGGAGAGGGUCCUGGGGGGUCUCUGAAUGGAAACGGACGAACAUUGGGGAUGUUGAGCCCGAGGAACCUCAGGGUCUCUGAUGAGUGGUACACCAGGUUCAGAGUGGCCUGGGACCCAGUUCAAGCUCCAGUUCAGGGAUACAGAAUCACCUACAAUCCUGCAG